AUGCCUCAAGCCUCCAAGAAACUUUUCUUCGCUGCCCUUGAUCACGAACUUGAGAAGAUCGAAGCAUUCUACGAGAAGCAAGAGAAGGCCUUACAAGAACAUACUCAGAUGCUGAAAGAACAACUUAACGAGCUCGCUGAGCACCGGAAACAAUUCUAUGAGGCUUUUCCAGAGCAUAAGCAAACGCUAGCAUCCGCACUCAAGCAAUACCAAAGCGGUCUCAGAUGGCGACUUAGACUUGGGAAGGCUAAGCAGAAUGGGUUAGAACAGACUGUCGAACUCAGUUCAGCACAACCACCGUCGAUGGAGAGACCUACAACUAGCGGCACCGCCUUUUCAAAUGAUGAUAGCGACAACGCAGGCCCUAGUAAAGGCAAUGCAUUAGACGCGUCCUCCCGGUUGCUGGCUCCUGAUGAGUACCAUCAUGCUAAGAAGAAAUUACGAAAAGCAGUUGUCGAACACUAUCGCGCGCUGGAGGCACUUAAGAACUACCGGAUCUUGAAUAUCACCGGGUUCAGGAAGGCCCUCAAGAAAUUCGAAAAAUUCACCAAGAUUCCGGUGCAGCACGCGUAUAUGGCAGAAAAGGUUGAGACCAGCGCCUUCUAUUCCGACAAAGCGGUCAACGCCAUGAUCGAGGAAAUGGAAGGCGUCUAUACCUUGAGGUUUGAACAAGGCGAUAGAAAGAAGGCCCGUGCACGUUUGCGAGGAUCAGGAAAAACCAAAAGCCACCAUUUCAGCACUUUUCGCUCUGGAAUACUGUUGGGCUUAGCACUACCGGCCUUGGUGUCUGGAAUAUACCAUAGCUUUCUCCAGGAAACAAGGGAUGAAAUACCAGGAUGGGACGCGCUUCUCUUCGUUUAUGGAAUGCUGUUGAUCCCUGUCCUCUUCUCGUUGCUGGUCGGCUUAAAUUUGUUAGUAUGGUCGCGGUCAAGGAUAAACUACGUCUUCAUCUUCGGGCUGCCUCCAGGCUUGACUACUGUAUGGCCUCUUGCUUGGUUGGGCUUUGUGGGUCUUGUGUUCUUCCAACCGUUCCCCUUCCUCUUCAAACCCUCAAGGUUCUGGCUUCUACGGAAAAUAGGAAGGCUACUGAUGUCGGGGACAAGACGUGUGGAGUUCGCAGAUUUCUGGAUGGGAGACCAGUUCUGUAGCCUGUUCUUCACACUGUCAAACUUGUACCUGUUCGCAUGUGUUUAUGCCCGAGGUUUUGACGAUCAGUGGAGGCGAUGUGGAACUUCCUCUCCCAAUUGGCCCGCUGCAUUCGCGCUUGGUAUACUACCCUUCGUAGUUCGCGUCGUUCAGAGUUUACGGCGUUAUGCCGAUUCUAAACUCCCCACCCAUCUGGUUAACGGUGGAAAGUAUGCAUCCGGCAUCGUCAGUUAUUUCUUCUAUUUUCUAUGGAGACACAAUGGGAGUAGAGCAAGCUUAGCCCUUUGGUGUGUCUCCUCCAUCGUGUAUGCAAUCUACGCUUCCUCUUGGGAUCUUCUGAUGGAUUGGAGUAUUUUGCGCUUCAAGUCAGAUGGAAGAUUCCCCUUCUUGAGGCCAGAGCUGGUGUACAGCGAAUCGAUACCCUUUUAUUACUUCGCCAUAGUUUCUAAUGUUCUGUUACGAUUCGUUUGGGUAUUCUAUAUCCCGAGUCGCGGCCCUAACAUAAUGUUACGAACCUUCAUCGCCGGUAUACUGGAAAUGCUUCGACGUUGGCAAUGGAAUUUCUACCGUCUGGAGAACGAGCACCUCGGUAACGUAGAUCAAUACCGCAUUACCAGAGAGGUUCCCCUCCCAUAUUCCUUUGACGAGGCUAGUCAGGACGACGAUAACGACGAGUCUGACGCUCAGGCCGGGGUGGCUUCCAGUCGAAUGGCUUGGUUGUUCUAUCGGAAACGUCAAUCCGAGCAGAACACCAAUAGUGAUUCCAACUAG